AUGUAUAACAACAAUACAGAAAAAAAUAUUUACAGUCCUGACAAUCCAUAAUUCAAACAAAAGGUUUACGAAAUCCAACUCAUUAUGGAUCAAUGUAAAUAUACCAAAAAGUAUCACUUUUUUUUAUCUAUUAUAGAAAUAAAGUAAUAGAAGAUGCUAAAAUAGUACUCUUAAAUUUUAAAGAAUUGAACCCAACUUUGACAGCUCUUAAUAUUACGAUGCUAGAAUUAUAAGGAAACAGUAUUUAUUAAUUUAUAUUUAGUUCCCAUUCCAUACAAUAAUAGCAUCUUCUCAAUCUUCAUCCAUUUAAGAUUUCAAACCUCUCAUCCCGAAGUCUAACCCUUUAUUUUCCUCAAAAAUGUGGAUCGUAUAUUAAAUAUCUUAAUUAUAGCAAACAAAUUUGAUGCAAAUCCUUUAUACAAAUCAGCUGAAAUCUAAAAUGGAUUGUUUAUUACUUUUAAUAAUUUCAUUCCCUCUGUCAAGAAUUGGAAUAAGAAUUAUAAAAUAGUAAAAAUACUAUGCUAAUUAGAUCGAUUUUAUGUUAGAGAUACAAUCAGCUUUGUCAAGGAAUUUUCCAUUUUUCAUCAAAACAAAUCCGUAUAAUUAUAAUCAAUCUUAAUUUUAAUACAAUCCAUAAUAGAUGAUGAAUUAAGGGAAUUAAUAAUAAUUUAAUAAUUAUGGACUUUGGCAAUCUUAAAUAUAAUAACCUUAAUUUGUUUAAUAAUAGUAAUAAUCCCUAUAAAAUCCUUAUUCUUAAAUUUAAUAAAAGCAAUAAUCAUAACAAUAAUAAUCAUAAUAUAUUUAAUAGAAAGAUAAUCAAUAAAAAAAAUAAUAAUAAGAGGAAACAGGAAUGGCUAAUAAAUUAUUAUAAAUGAGUACAUCAGUAUUUGAAUUUGGAAAGGAAUUGUUUAUGAAUUAAGAAGCAAAAGAAGAGAAAAUAAAAACUGAAGUCAAAUCUAAAGUAGAUAUUGAAUUGUUAAAUCAAUCUAAAAAACUAAUGGAUUCAAUCAGAUAGUAAAAAUAGCUAACUGAUAACUUGAUAGAAUAGUAUUAAUAACAAACAAAAGUAAUGAGAGAGAUUAAAUUAAAGGAUGAAGAAAUUAAUACCAGUAUUCAUAAAUUAGAUUAAUAAUUGAUUGAUAUGGAAUAAAAAAUAGAGUCAUGUGUUACUACUAUAAGUAAAUUAGAAUAAAAUAAUAUAGAAGAGUAAUUAAAAUUAAAUAUAUAGAUUAAUGUUUACAGAUCCUUUAAGUAAUUAAAUUAUAGAUUUAACAAGUGAAAUUCAAGCAUAAAAGGAAGGGUUAUUUUAUGUUUAAAAGAAAUUUAGAUAUUAGAGUUUGGAUUAUGAUUAGUUAAUUAAAAUAACUAGAUAAAUGAGUUAGUAGAUGUUCGAUCAAUAUUUAUUAUUGAAAAAAUGUGUUACUAGUAAAUAAUGA